GCCUAGCUAGGUCCGAUCGUCGUCGAUCCAAGAAACAAACAAAGACACGCAGGGCCGGCGAGGAAGGAAAGGAAGGGAUGGCAUCGUUCGGCGAGGCGCCGGCAGGCAACGCCGCGAGCGGCGAGAAGAUCUUCAAGACCAAGUGCGCGCAGUGCCACACGGUGGAGCGCGGCGGCGCCCACAAGCAGGGCCCCAACCUCAGCGGCCUCUUCGGCCGCCAGUCCGGCACCACCGCCGGAUAUGCCUACUCCACCGCCAACAAGAGCAUGGCCGUCGUCUGGGAGGAAAACACCCUCUACGACUACCUCCUCAACCCUAAGAAGUACAUCCCUGGGACCAAGAUGGUGUUCCCGGGCCUCAAGAAGCCGCAGGAGCGCGCCGACCUCAUCGCAUACCUCAAGAAAUCCACCGCUUAAUUAUUACCAGCUUGAUUCUUCUUCCAUCAUCUCAAGUACCGCGCGCAAACAAGAAGAAACUAACGUCAAUAAGUUUGCCAGACACAUGCGUGUAUAUAUAUAGCUAGCUGUCUGCUGCAUGCAGUAUAUAUGUUUAUGUACGAUAUAUUGAUUGAUUCAUCCAUGUGUACGUACGUGUCCAUGUAAUUAAAAUGGUGAUCCAUUUUAUCUACAAAACCGUGCAUUUCUUGUCUUUUUCCCCUCACAUUUAUCAGGAUUGGGUUUAAAUGUCC